GGCUUGUGUGGCGGCGGGUGGAGAACAAACACAACAACAUUCAAAGGCAGCAGCGCAACUGCAUCACGCAACCAGCAGAUCCCUCCUUGUCACCCACAACAAGGUAACACAAAAAGUACGCACGCAGACAGAGAGUGUGUGCGAGGCGAACAACGCCAGCUGCCGCACACACGCAAACAACCAACCACCAAACAGCAACCAACGGCAACCAACAGCAACCUCUUUUCCUCCUCGCUUCCUCUCCUUCACAUUCGCUUCGUUCAGUCACGUUCAGUCAUCCUAUUGCUGUCCUCUCUCCGCCUCACCACCGUCUUGCUGUCCAGGCGUGUGCUGUUCUCUCACAACCCAAGCAAAGUGCAGGGGGUCCUCCCGUUGUGUCCAGGUAGCCAAAAUCCAAGCAGCGCCAGUAGCAGCCACGCCAUUCCCAGCCUCCCUGGUGUGCUGGUCAUAAGCAGUGCUGAAGGGCCGCGUGAUGUUUGCCUUGCCUUCCUUCUCUGAGGCUGGCAAUGGCUCUGGUGCAGGCAAGGGCGGCGGCGGUGGCGGUGGUGGUCGUGGUGGUGGACAACAACAACAACCACAGCAACAACAGCCACAACAACAACAGCCACAACAACAGCCACAACAACAACAGCCGCAACACCAGCAGCCACAGCACCAACAGCAGUCGCAGCAACAGGAUCUGCAGCAGCUGCUGCAACAGCAGCAGCGCAACCUGCAAGAACAACUCCAACAGCUCCAGCAACAGGAGCUGCAACACCAGAUCCACCAGCAACAGCAGCGCCACAUGCAGCAGGGCCAAGUACAACAACAGCUCCAACAGCAACGCCAGCAACUACAACAACAGCAACAGCAGCUACACAGUCAACAGCAGCAGCAACAGCACCACGUACCACCACCACCUGCACCCAGCACGCAAGCACAGCAUUCGCCACCCACACGUCGAACACACUCGCUCUAUCCUCAGCACCAACAACAGCACCAACAACAACAACAGCACCAACCACAACAACAGCACCAACCACAACAACAGCACCACCACCAACAACAGCAACAACAGCAACAACAGCAACAACAGCAACAACAGCAACAACAGCAAUCCAAACCGCAGCAGCAGCCAGUGCAGUCCACUGCCGCCCCUUGGAAUGUGCCCAUCGAUGGCGAAGAUGACUUCAGCUGGCUCGCAGAUCUGGCACAGCCAGAGACAUCCAACUUGUUCUCCGAGUUUGCGCUGCCCUCACAGGAACAGCAGCAGGAGCAACGGCGGCAUGAGCAGGAGCUACAGCAGCAGCGCCACCACCUCACCCAGUCCUUCACCCUGGGCCUCUCUGCGCCGCUGGUGCAGGAAGCCGCCAGCACAUCUCCCCUCAAUGCGGUGUCGCCGUCCCAGCUCUUCGCCUCCGCUCCUGGACCCUCCUCCUCCUCCAGUCUUGGACCCAGCAGCAGCAGCGCCACCCACAGCAGCUUGUUUGGCCGGUCAGCACAACACGCCCUCCAGCAGCAGGCCGCACAGCUCGGAGGGUUUGGCGGCGGUAUGAUGGGGCUGGGCAUCGACAAUGCUCCAACACAGUCCGCAUCAUCCGCCCUCUCUGACACUGCUGCACGCCACACCCACCACCACCAACACCAACAACAACACCAUCGACACCAACAGCAACACCAACAGCAACACCAACAGCACCGCCAGCGCCAGCGCCAACAACACCCAAUGCGCGUGUCCAGUUUGUUUGGAAGCAGUACCACGUUAUCGCGACAGCUGCCAUUGCAACCCAGCACCACCGCUGCUGCUGCCGCCGCCACAGUGUCCUCAUCCUCGUAUGCGGGAAUGGGCGGACGCGGCGAGCGCAACCCUCACGCCGCCGCCAACGACUUCUUCGCAGGCCUCCCGCCCCCGCACAUGGGCGAGCAGGACGACAUGGAGCCCCAGCAGCAGGCGCCGUUCGACAUGCACCUGUGGCAGGACCUUGGCGGGGACCAGUCGCAAUCGCAGCGGCCUGUGCUUGACAUGCAGCUGCCCGUCCUCAACGACGACCCCGUCCCGGACUUCCUCUCCGAAACGCCAGACCCGAUCCCGCUCACGUUUCCUGCAGAGGAUGACCAGGACUGGGCGCUGGAUGACGACUACCUUGGCGGCGGCGUUGGCGACGCCGCGCUCAACCCGGGGCACCCGCCCAUCAAGGCCGAGGCUGUGGUUGAUUCACAGGCCAUCAGCCACCUCUACACAACGUCAAACCAGCACCAGCAGCAACAGCAGCACCAGCAGCACCAGCAGCAACAGUCGUUCCACCAAGGCUUCAAACCGCCAUCGACCGCAGCUGGUGGCAACGGCAUGCAGCCGUCUGCACUCUUCCCUUCGUCCAAUUCCUCCUCCGCCCACCAUAACCAGCAGCAGCACCAGCAGCAGCACCACCACCGCACGUCGUCGUCCACGUACACGCACGCGUCGUUAUCCACGUCAACAGCGGCGGCGGAGAGCCCACGGUCGCGCACGAGUAGCUCAGAUGGCAGCAACGCGGGCGCGGGAAACGGAGGUGGCGGGUCUGAUUCCUCCCGCAGCAGCCGGCGGCGGCGCCACCGCAAGCGCAAGCUGGCGAGCGAGCUGUCUGCAGACGAGCUGGCGAAGACGCGGGAGAUUAACAGGUUGGCGGCACAGCGGCACCGCGCCAUUGCAAAGGCUCGGCGGCAGCAGAAGCAGUCCCGGUUCAAGCAGCUGGAGGUGCGCAACCAACAGCUGCGGGACGAGGUGAAGGACAUUGCCGCCGAGCUCAAGACUUUGCGGCGGCUGGUGGUGGAGAUGUACGGGCCAGGCGGUGCCCGCGCACUCUCGUUCCUGCAGUCAGGUUCAAACGACCCGUACCUCGGCCUCUGA